AGGCACUGACUCUUGACCUGAAGCAGCAGCAGCAGUGUCAUCUGAAGCAUAUUGUCUCUCUUCUCAAAUUAAGAAAAAUUAUGAAGCUUCCAGUUUUGUUUUUGCUCAUUGUGGAAACAGCUUCUGCUAGUACAAUUAAUUUGGCUCUUACCGGAGAAGCGACCCAGAUUGACACAUACAAUGAGCUCGGAGCUGCUUCCAAUGCUAAUGACGGUAACUGUGAUUCUAUCUACUAUCAUAAGUCAUGCACCCACACAUUCACCACCACUGACCCCUGGUGGAGAGUGGACCUGAAAAACCCACACUUUGUUACCUCCAUCACCAUCACAAACAGAGGAGACUGCUGCCCUGAGAGACUGGACGGUGCUGAGAUCCGUGUGGGCAACUCCUUGGACAAUAAUGGGAACAACAAUAAACUAGUGGCUACGAUUUCCCACAUCGGACAAGGCAGUUCUGAAAAAUUUAUUGUAUGUCCACCUACUGAAGGACGUUAUGUCAAUGUAUUUCUACCAGGAACUGACAAGUAUUUGACCCUCUGUGAAGUGGAGGUCUACGGGGAGGCAGAUGCUAAAGUUAAUUUGGCUCUUACCGGAGAAGCGACCCAGAUUGACACAUACAAUGAGCUCGCGGCUGCUUCCAAUGCCAUUGAUGGUAACCGCAAUUCUAUCUACUAUGAUAACUCAUGCACCCACACAGCCACCACCACUAACCCCUGGUGGAGAGUGGACCUGAAAGACCCAUACUUUGUUACCUCCAUCACCAUCACAAACAGAGGAGACUGCUGUGCUCAGAGACUGGACGGUGCUGAGAUCCGUGUGGGCAACUCCUUGGACAAUAAUGGGAACAGCAAUAAACUAGUCGCUACGAUUUCCCACAUCGGACAAGGCAGUUCUGAAAAAUUUAUUGUAUGUCCACCUACUGAAGGACGUUAUGUCAAUGUAUUUCUACCAGGAACUGACAAGUAUUUGACCCUCUGUGAAGUGGAGGUCUACGGGGAGGCAGAUGCCAAUGUUAAUUUGGCUCUUACCGGUGCAGCGACCCAGAUUGACACAUACAAUGAGCUCGGAGCUGCUUCCAAUGCCAUUGAUGGUAACCGCAAUUCUGUCUACUAUGAUAAGUCAUGCACCCACACAGCCACCACCACUGACCCCUGGUGGAGAGUGGACCUGAAAGACCCACACUUUGUUACCUCCAUCACCAUCACGAACAGAAAAGACUGCUGCCCUGAGAGACUGGACGGUGCUGAGAUCCGUGUGGGCAACUCCUUGGACAAUAAUGGAAACAACAAUAAACUAGUGGCUACAGUUUCACACAUCCCAGCAGGCCGCUCUAAAACCUUCAUACUGGAUGGAGCUGUGGAGGGGCAGUAUGUGAACGUGCUCAUCCCAGGGACAGACAAGUAUUUGACCCUCUGUGAAGUGGAGGUCUAUGGAUACCAGAAAAAAGAUGCACCACCUGAAGAAGCAGGUGAACGACCUGUUUGAGAGGAGCAUAUGUGAGCUGAUCAUUCCCAACAAACUGAAUCAGAGACACCUUCUUAAAGGGAUAGUUCAGGAUUUUUGACAUAAAUCUGUAUGUCAUCCC